CGGGGGCUCGGGGUGCGGGUCACUCGGUUUGCAGGUGUUUACUGCCUGCCGGGUGCCAGCGGGGCAGCAGAGGGCACGGUGGGCAGAGCCCCGCGCCCCGGAGCUUCCGUCCUGACGCGGGCGGGAGGGCACCGAGCGCGGGGAGCAGGCGGGCCCCGGCUUCCGCGGCCCUCCCGGUCGCGGCUGACUCCGGGCCGACCCCAGCCGUCCGCUCCGAGCUCCGGGAGAGCAGCCGUCCGCUCUCGGGAGCUCCGGGUCCCCUGUUCGCUGCCCAGACAGAACCUCGUACUCAGCAGGAGCUCAGUGAAUGCAAACUGGAUGAAGGAAAGAAGGAGGGGAGGAAGGCAGGCGGGCAGGUAGGCCGCUCCUUGGCCUGAAGUCGCAGCUCCCGUACAGGGCGAUCUCACCGUCUGACCUCGCGCUCCGCCUCAGCUUCCCUAGCUGCAGAAAUGGGGCCGCACUUCCCAAGACCUCCUCAGCCCCUGCUGCUACAAGGCUGCCGAUGUUCCGUUUAUGGCUUUGGCUCCCUGGAGCCUUCUCUGGCCCCAGCUGCCCAGGUUGGUGGCUCCCUGGGGACCCGCUCUGCUGACAUCGGACUCUUUCCUGGACCAUCCAGCCACCAGGCCGACACUCGAUCCUGGCCGCACUUCCCGGCCAGCGUCCGCUGACCAGCCCACUAGGGCCAGGGCCCCAAGACUCUCUGCUCACAGACAAGGGACUGUCUGUGCAGUCCCUGGGGGGCGGGGGCGGAGGCCAGGGCUCGGCCAACACCAGCACAAGCCACCAGGCCCGAGGACAGUGCCGGGAGCUGCGGCCGGGAGCUGUGGCUGUGGCCAAGACGGCAGCCUGCGUGGCCCCUGCCUGGCCCCUGUGCCCCUUGCAGCCCCUCACCUGCUCGCCAUGGGGACCCUCGGCUGUGACCCCGAUCCACGGCUCGCCACAGCACCCCAGGGCUGGCGGGCCGCCGAGUGCCCGAUUCUGGACGUCGGCUUGAGGAAGUCCUGCGGGACGGCCACCACGGAGAACGGCUCGGGGCCAGGCUUGUACAUCCUGCCGCCCACUGUGGGCUACAUCAACCACGACUGCACCAGGGCGCUGAGCCCAGCCUACUCCCUCUUCUGGAGGCCCAGCCCCGCAUCUCCACAGGACACCAGCCCUGGGCCUGUCUACUUCCUGGACCCAAAAGUGACCCGGUUUGGCCGAAGCUGCACCCCUGCCUACUCCAUGCAGGGCCGAGGCAAGUCGCGGGGGCGGGAGGUGACACCAGGCCCCGGGGCCUACAGCCCAGAGAAGGCGGCCCCUGUGCGUCAGCGGACCCCCCCGGCUUUCACUCUGGGCUCCCGCCUGCGCCCACAGCUCCAGGACACCUCAGCCCCUGCCCCCAACACCUACACCCUGCCCUCCCUCUGGGGCUCCCAGAUAUUCACCAAGCCCCGCAGCCCCAGCUACACAGUGGCAGGCCGCACGCCCCCCAUCCGCCCCCCUCAGGACCCUGCUGAGAUCCCAGGCCCCGGCCAGUAUGACAGCCCAGACCCCAACACCUACCGUCAGCGCCGGCCCGCCUUCACCAUGCUGGGCCGGCCUCGUGCCCCCCGCCCCCCGGAAGAGACCCCUGGGCCUGGAACCCACAGACCUGAGCAGGUCACCAUGACCAAAGCCAGAGCCCCAGCAUUCACCAUGGGCAUCCGCCACUCCAAACAGGUGGCCACCAUGGCUAUGGACACCACGCCCUGACACCUUUGGGGUCAGGACUCCUAGCUGCCCCUGAACCAAGCCUCAGUUUACCUGCCUUGUCAAGUGGGGGUGUGGGAAGGCCCCUCCUGGGCCUCGCUUGGAGAAGGGGGGCUUGGAGAAGUGGCAAGCAGGCGCCUCUUUCCUCCCUUUUAUCUGAACUUUGAGGUCCUUCUAGGCCACCUGCUUCCUUUGGUCUCUGGAGGCUGUGACCCUGUGGCCCUGUGCAGGGUGAGCUUCCUUCCAGUGCCCCAGUUUCUUCCUCCUGGUCAUGCCAGGCCGAGUCAGGCCAGGCAGAGAAAGGGACAACCCCAGCCCUCCCGAGAGGCUGGCUGGAGAUGAGCUUCCUGUGUCCUAGAACUCAGCAUCUGCCCUGCUAGGGCCUGGGUCCCCGAGACAGCUCAGGUUUCGGCUAAACUCGGGCUCUCCCCUGCUUCCCACAGAAGCACAGCUGCCUGCGCUGGUUCCAGCCCCCAAAUCGGGCAGGAAGCAGCCUGAUUCCCCUCUCUAGUUGCCUGCCAAUAAAUCUGUCUGUGGCACGAGCGCUGCCAGCAUCACA